AUGAAAAAGAGCAUUUUAAAGGAAAACACCCUUCCUUUAUCGCAAAAUGGCAGACGGCGCGUUUCUUUUGCACCUGAAGUUACUCUCCAUCGUUUCCCAGACAUUUCUGUGGUGCCUCCUACGCUCGCUUCAACUGGCAUCUCCUCCUCUUCUUCUUUGAAUCCACAUAAGAGAAGGAAAACCGAUGGCGGUGCGUCAUUUAGCGAAACAGAACUCAAUGAGAUAAUAAGUAGUAGUGGAAGCAAUUCUAGUCUGCCGUCAUUAUCUAAUGAUAAUUCCCUAUUUCAUUCACGAGGAGACUUUGUGAACAAUGGAGAUGGCGAUGAUGAGGUACAAGAUACCGAGGAUGACAAUGAUGAUGAUGAUAAACCGUUGAGUGAUAGCUCAGAUGAAGACGAAGUUGUGUCAACCGGAGAUAAUAUGUAUUUCAGCAGGACUGAAGUUGAGGUAAGCCAUUUUGGGUUUUCUCGAGAAGGAGCUCAUUUUGAAUUGCAUAAACUGCUGGUGAUGCAGCAAAUGGGGUCAAAUUUUGAGGGUGAAAAAAAGAUGGAAGAAGGAAAGGAAGAGAAAGAUCAACUGCUUGUUUAUGAAGACAAAAAUCAUGGCAAUGUCCCCGAAUAUAUUCCUUCAGUAAUUCAUAGCUUAGACGAUGAUCAGAUUGAAUCUUUAGGAGGUUCUGAAGCACAAGGAGUGCACUUGAACGAUUUUCCUAAAGAUCCCAUUGAAGACAACGAUGUCGAUGACACUGAAAAUGGAAUUGUGGAAAUGGAAUCUACAGAACCAAUUAGAAAGGAUCAAAGUUUGAAACUUAAUGAAGAGGAAACCAUGGAUAUAACCGAAGCCAUUCAGAAUGAGAAAAAGAGAGAAACUAGUACCGUCUUUAAUGAAGGUGGUGACAAUAACGAUGAUGAUGUACCCUUGACUAUGGAACUUACAGAAGUGGUGCAACGUCCUAAAAAAAGGGGUAAUAAUACCGAACAGCGCAAAAACAGCAAUGUUGAUGAUGUCGUUGAUGAUGAUGAUGAUGAUGAUGAUGAUGAUAAUAAUAAUAAUGAUGAAGAUGAUGACGCACCAUUAACAAUGGAGUUUACAGAAGCUGUCAAAGCUAAUGUACCUAUUGAAAAACCAAAGUUGGACAACCUCUCCGAAGAUGAUUUAAGUGAAAGCGAUUUUAUUGAGAGUCCCGAAAAAGUGGGCGGCGGGGAGAGAUUAUUAAAAACCCAAGAAAAUACCAAUUCGCUUAAAGGAAUAAGUGGUAAUGUUGAUGUUGAUGGUGAAGAGAUGGACUUAACCGCGCCUACGAGGACGAGAAUGGCAAUGCCAACUGAUGGAAACAACAAAGGUAUAGCAUCUCAUCAAGUAGAAAAUAAUUUACGUGAUGAAGACGGAACUCAAACCAUGGAGCUUACCGAACGUUUUCAAUUAAGCCCCAUUCAUGUUCCGUCGAAUCCAAAUGCUGUACCGAGUGUUGAACCAAUUCUGUUGACAAAUAAUUUGGAUAAACUGAUUAAUAAUCAAGUAGAAGUUUCGGGAAGUAGUCAAGAGGAAGUUGAAAGAAUUGUCAAAGAUGCGCUGAUUGAGGGUUUGGAGAAAAAAUCCGUUGAACCAGAUGAUGGUAGUAAUACAGCAGAAAUUCUGGACCCAACUGCUAUACUGAUAUCGGAAAGGGAAAAUGUCGGUGGAGCAGCUAGUUCAAACUCAAUUGAAACUGCCCAACAGGAAAAUGAUAAAGAGGAUAACAUUGGCAUCAAAGCUACAUCGUUUCUGUCCAACACUACACUGGAAUUGAAACCCGCAGAUCUGGAUCAUAUAACCCAGAAUACUGAAUUUGUUGAAUCUGGAAGUCCGUCACAACCAGCAGCAGUAGCAGUGAGAGCAGCAAAUCCAGCACCAGCAGCAGUAGCAGUGAGAGCAGCAAAUCCAGCACCAGCACCAGCAAAUCCAGCACCAGCACCAGCACCAGCAUCAGCACAAGCACCAGCACCAUCAUCACCAUCAUCUUCUUCUUCCUCUUCAGUGUUGACGAGGUUUCUUAACGAUGUUGCAGUCAAUUUUUAUAUUGAUCCAGAGAUUGAAACAAGUUCGAAUAGAGCCGUGGCCGACGUAUCUAUGGAGAUUGAGCAUCCUGAGUUGAGUCAGUUUAUAACUUGCUUACCUUUAAAAGACUUUUAUGCUCAAUAUGUUUAUGGUUGUGAGGAAUUGCUGCAAAAAAUUGGUGAUUAUGAUGCAGAGUACGAGCAGGUCAUUCAUCAUGUGGACGUUGAACCAUAUACUAAUAUCCAAGAAUACUACAACACCAAUAACAGCAACAACAAUGUAAACAAAUUUAAGAAUGACGAGAGAGAAGCUAGUCGAGCAAGUUUGAAUAUGCUUUAUCAAACAGUUAGAGACUAUACCAUUGCAGAGUGCAGAAGAGAUUGGUUCAUGUGGCGGGUUUCAUCAACGCAAAGCUUACUUGAGCAUCUUGAAGCUCAACGUGAGCUGUUGGAUAAUGAUCGCAAUUUGCUUCGCGGUGAUCUCGAGCUAUUGGACAAGUUACUAGAGGAAUCACUGAGAUAUGUCAAUGAGUUGAAGGUGAAAGUUUCCAAGAUUAUGAGUGGCCAAGAGCAAAUUGAUAGAUUUACAGCUGAAGAAUUGAAGAUCAUCAAGCAGGAUAUUAGGAAGUUCAAGACUGAAGUUAGGGAUAUGCAGCAUUUGCUAGAGUCCAAACAACGUACAUUGUCUGAGAUUGAUCUCAAAAUAAAAGAAGUUGAAAAUGAAACAAGUAAACAGGAGAGUGAGUUGCAAGACUUGACAUUUCAAAGUAAUCGGCGACGGAUCUUCACUCGAGCCGAAAAGACCGAAAUUGUGCAGUUGUACAGAUUUCUUUCAAAGUUUACAUUUCUCAAGUAUGAGUCUACUAGCGUAGACAAUGUGCUACAAUUUGAGUUUGACAAGAGCCUUACCAUCACAUUUGAUUUUUUGCAAAAUGUAUUGGGGAUGGAAGUUCGCCAAAACAAUUUUCAUUUCCAACAAUUGGUUGAAUGUGUUAUGACAUUCACUUUGUUGCCGCAAGACUCUCGCAUUGCUGAUCGAUUUAUGCAUUUCUCCAAGUAUUGGUGUUCUUUGCGAAAACUAGAUCUGCAUUUCCACCGUAUUUCAUACAAGAAUCCGGUUUCAGUGGUUGUCGAUGAUGGUGAUAACAAUAUGAACAAUAAUGGCAAUCGCAGUAAGGAGAUUAGGUUCAAGGUAAACUAUUUCAAUUUCAAGACGCUGGAGAGAUUUGUUGUGCAUGCGCGUUUGUCAGUUGAUGAUGUAGUGGGAUAUGAGCUGAAAAUGAAAGUUUGGGUGGAUUUUGGUGGACUGAAAAGUCAAAGGGAAUCUGACUUGGUGCAGUUGACUAAGGAGUUGGGGUUCAGACAAGAUGCUUUUGGUUGA